CUUAGCUUAUAUAGAAAUCAAGUUGAGAACAAGAUGGAGAAGGUUUCUCUUUAUGCUUGUUUAAUACUCAACUUGAGUUUAUUGGUUAUUUUUCCAUAUAGCAAAGCUAGUCAAGCUGAUAAACUCAAUGAGUUUAUUCUGUCUAGAAAAUCUCAGAAUCCUCCCAAGACUCUUUCUUGGGAAGAGGGAGAUGCAUUGAAAACACUUUUUUCUUCGGCUGCUUAUGUUGCACCACCUCAAGAGGAGCUAAGACUAGCUGACAAGAUCGUCACAUUGCCUGGUCAACCCUAUGGAGUGAAUUUUGACCAAUAUUCAGGCUAUGUCACAGUUGAUCCUGAGACUGGAAGAGAACUUUUCUAUUAUUUUGUGGAGUCUCCAUGUAACUCUUCUACUAAACCUUUAGUAUUAUGGCUCAAUGGAGGACCUGGCUGUUCUUCACUUGGGUAUGGAGCCUUUCAGGAGCUCGGACCCUUCAGAGUCAACUCUGAUGGAAAAACACUAUACCGUAACCCAUAUGCUUGGAAUGAAGUGGCGAACGUACUCUUCUUGGAAUCUCCAGCAGGAAUAGGAUUUUCCUACUCAAACACAACAUCUGACUAUGACAAAUCAGGAGAUAAAUCAACUGCCAAGGAUUCCUAUGUCUUCCUUAUCAACUGGCUGGAGAGAUUUCCACAGUACAAAACAAGAGAUUUUUACAUAAGUGGAGAGAGUUAUGCUGGUCAUUAUGUUCCUCAACUUGCAUCCACUAUUCUACACAACAAUAAACUCUAUAAGAACACCAUUAUUAACCUCAAAGGCAUUUCUUUAGGGAAUGCUUGGAUUGAUGAUGCUACAAGUUUAAAGGGGUUAUAUGAUAACUUGUGGACUCAUGCUUUGAACUCGGAUCAAACUCAUGAGUUGAUUGAGAAGUACUGUGACUUCACUAAACAAAAUUAUUCAGCAAUUUGUACCAAUGCAAUGAAUAUGUCCAUGAUUGAGAAAGGAAAGAUAGACUCCUUUAACAUCUAUGCUCCAUUAUGUCACGACUCUACUCUGAAAAAUGGUUCAACUGGUUAUGUAAGUAAUGAUCUUGACCCUUGUUCUGAUUACUAUGGCACUGCCUAUCUAAAUAGACCAGAGGUCCAAAAGGCUCUUCAUGCAAAACCUACAAAUUGGAGCCAUUGCAGUGAUAGUAUUAAUCUUAAUUGGAAAGACAGUCCAAUUACCAUCCUACCCACCAUCAAGUAUCUCAUCGAUAAUGGCAUUAAAUUAUGGAUAUACAGUGGUGAUACAGAUGCAGUGGGAGUCACAAUUUCAAGAUAUCCAAUCAACACCCUUAAGCUCCCUAUCGACUCUACUUGGCGUCCAUGGUAUUCUGGAAAAGAGAUUGGAGGAUAUGUGGUGGGAUACAAAGGAUUAACAUUUGUUACAGUGAGAGGAGCAGGACAUCUUGUUCCAAGCUGGCAACCUGAACGUGCUUUGACUUUGAUCUCAUCAUUCCUCUAUGGAAUCCUGCCUGCUUCUGUUUCACCAUCAUAUAUACAAAACCAACUUAAGAACAAGAUGAAGAAAAUUUCUCUUUAUGCUUGUUUAUUACUCAACUUGAGUCUCUUGGUUAUUUUUCCUUAUAGCAAAGCUAGUCAAGCUGAUAAACUUGAUGAGCUUUUUCUGUCUAGAAAAUCACAGAAUCCUCCCAAGACUCUUUCUUGGGAAGAGGGAGAAGCAUUGAAAACACUUUCUUCUUCUGCUGCUUAUGUUGCAGCACCUCAAGAGGAGCUAAGACUAGCUGACAAGAUCGUCACAUUGCCUGGUCAACCCGAUGGUGUAGAUUUUGACCAAUACUCUGGUUAUGUGACUGUUGAACCUGAGGCCGGAAGAGCACUUUUUUAUUAUUUUGUGGAGUCUCCAUAUAACUCUUCAACUAAACCAUUAGUAUUGUGGCUCAAUGGAGGACCUGGCUGUUCUUCACUUGGGUAUGGAGCCUUUGAGGAGCUAGGACCCUUCAGAGUCAACUCUGAUGGAAAAACAUUAUACCGUAACCAAUAUGCUUGGAGUGAAGUUGCAAAUAUACUCUUCUUAGAGUCUCCAGCAGGAGUGGGAUUUUCCUACUCAAACACAACUUCUGACUAUAAAAAAGCAGGAGAUAAGUCCACUGCUAAAGAUGCCUAUGUUUUCCUAAUCAACUGGCUGGAGAGAUUUCCACAGUACAAAACCAGAGAUUUUUACAUAACUGGAGAGAGUUAUGCUGGUCAUUAUGUUCCUCAACUUGCAUCCACUAUUCUUCACCACCAUAAACUCUAUAACAAAACCAUCAUUAACCUCAAAGGCAUAUCUAUAGGGAAUGCUUGGAUUGAUGAUGCUACAGGUGACAAGGGGUUAUUUGAUUACUUCUGGACUCAUGCUUUGAACUCAGAUCAAACUCAUGAGUUGAUUGAGAAGUACUGUGACUUCACUAAACAAAAUUAUUCAACAAUUUGUAUCAAUGUAACAGAUUGGGCCUUCAUUGAGAAAGGAAAGAUAGACUUCUAUAACAUCUAUGCGCCAUUGUGUCAUGACUCUUCUCUGAAAAAUGGUUCAACUGGUUAUGUAACUAAUGAUUUUGACCCUUGUUCUGAUAACUAUGGUAUUGCCUAUCUAAAUAGACCAGAGGUUCAAAAGGCUCUUCAUGCAAAACCUACAAAUUGGAGCCAUUGCGGUGAUCUUAUUACUCACUGGAAUGACAGUCCAAUUACCAUCCUACCCACCAUCAAGUAUCUCAUUGAAAGCAACAUUAAAUUAUGGAUAUACAGGCAAGUUCAAUUUCAUUAUUAUGAUGUGUUUUCCUACAGUGGUGAUACAGAUGCAAGGGUUCCAGUCACAACUUCAAGAUAUGCAAUCAACACCCUUAAGCUUCCUAUCAACGCUUCCUGGCGUCCAUGGUAUUCUGGAAAAGAGAUUGGAGGAUAUGUGGUGGGAUACAAAGGAUUGACAUUUGUGACAGUAAGAGGAGCAGGACAUCUUGUUCCAAGCUGGCAGCCAGAAAGGGCAUUGACAAUGAUAUCAUCAUUCCUCUAUGGAAGUCUGCUUCCUACUUCACCAUCAAAAUAAUGGGUUCUAACUUCUAAGCAUGCUCCAUGUUUCAAUUUUACUUCCUUGAAAUGCACUAUGCAAAAUCGACAAGUUAGAUUGUAAUAACAAAAUUUAGUUUGAACUUUCAACUACAAUUUUUGUUACAUAUCAACUGAUUAAAAUCUACUAGUGUUUCGUGUCUUGAUUUGUGAUGUCACACUUAUGAUGAACCAAAUUGGCUGAUAAGAAAGCUCAAUUGUUUGCUAUGGUUCCCAUAAGUUACUGCCACCAUAUACUUAUUACAUCUUUAUAUUUCUCAAGGGAAAUUUGUAAGAAAUUUAGUUUUUCCACUUCUCUUAUAUUCUGUUUGGCAAGGCCAACCGAUAACUUAUAGCAUAUAAGCUAGUAUUAUCAAAGUAAAAUUGUUUUGUAACCACCAAUCUAUCUGCGUUUACAUCGUUUCUUCAGUAGUUUAUAUCGUUUUUUCAUAUGUGCAUUUGAGUUUAUUUAUAACUAGAUUAUAACUACCACUG